AUGGAAACAGCUCUAUCCUCGUGCGAGAAUAGCAGCAUCGAUUUACUCCCAGGAAGCAGACUGUUUGAUCUAGAGUACGCAGACGACGUUGUGCUACCAAGUGAAGAUUCAGGUAAGUUCUGGGCUUUUCUGGAUGGUUUAAGUGCUAGUGUGUCCAUGUUCGGUAUGCGUUUUGCACCUUUAAAGUGUAAAAUGCUACUACACGAUUGGGUUGGUUCAGCACCCAGUCUCACCCUAACUGGGGAAGUAAUGGAGGAAGUAGACAAAUUUUGCUAUCAGGACAGCUAUAUUUCACCUGGCGGAUGCAUCAUAGAUGAAGUGUCAUCUAGUAUACAGAAGGCUCGGUUGGCAUUUGCGAACUUGAGACAUCCGUGGAGCCGUCGUAACAUCCGGCUGUCUGUGAAGGGUCGAGUGUAUGCCGCGACAAUUCGGCCAGUCCUGCUCUACGGUGCAGAGACUUAG